UCUAUCAAUCUACUGAUACAUUCAACUCUUUACUUGUUCAUCUGGCUAUUUAAAAGUCAGUUCAUUAUUCAUGUCCUUACCUUUUUCUUUAGUGUUGUUUUCGUUGUUUUUUGGACUGAUGUUAUCUCUUUAUCUUUAACAGCAGUGAUGGUCAGUGGCCGUUACGUAAUAGUUCAGAAUGGGUGCAUUCCUCCGCAGCCCAUUUUGAUGGAACACUGCUGUUUGAUGGUAGGGGGGAACGACUGGGGUAUUCAUGUUAAAUGCCGGCCACAUUUCAAUCCACGUAAGAAAAGUAAAAAGUGGCGAAAUAUUAAAGAAGUGUAUCCUGAUGCUAAGGUGGAGACAAAACAUAACGACAUCCGGCUGACGUUGCCAGUGGUAAGACAAAGUCUCGAAGUGGCAGCCUUUGGAAUUCCAGGAAAAGAUGACCAGAAGCGAAUGCAAAUGGCGAUCUUUGGGAAGGAGCCAACCAAAGCCUGUAACUGGGAUAUCAGAGUUUAUCUGAUAGAUGAUUCCGAAAUGGCGUUCAAGGUAAUACAUUUACCUCUAAUCUGUAUACUACCAAUUUUUUUUUCAUAGGAUUAAAGUUAAGUCAAAAAAAGGAAGAAAAAAGAAGACAAACUAAAGAUAUUGCCUGAAUGAUCUUUCUGAAACAUUUCAUCCUCUUCUUGAAUCAUUCUUUUGAAUUCUUUUACAGCAUUUCUCUCCUAAUUUAGUUUGCUCUUUGCUCGAAUAAGUUAGUUUCAUUUUUUUUGUACGUUUGUUUGACUUGUUUGUUUGACUUGUUUGUUUGUUUACGUUGUCUGUUGAGUCUGUUCACCUUUUCCCUUUUAUUCAAUUUACAGCAGAUUUGCAAGAAAGGAGAAAAUGAAGAAAUGAAAUUUUUGACAACACUGUCCAGCUUGUUUGUAUCCUACAGUGAGAAAGAUAUCAACAUAGAGGUUACUGCCGUGGCUUCAGGGUGGCACAUCAUAGGGGACUAUAAGAAAGUAAGUUACUUUAUAGAGGGCGGGUGUGUUGUUGGAUAGUAUGACUUUCAAAGAUAACUGACACUAGAAAUAAGAGUUGUUUUGAUGGUAAAACACGCACUUCAGCAGCAGAUAGUGCCUACCAACGCAUUAAUUUUAGGGCUCUGAUUCCAAGAUUCUGAACUUUCAUAUAAUUCCCUAGGGGAUAGCUUCAAGAAGUGCCUGGAAUUCCCAAGAAAAUACCACAGAUUUUCCCCAUUGUGAUUUUUGUGUGAGUCACGAUGAUAUAAAAGAACAGCAGUUCUUCUGUAAAAUGAGAGCAACACACGAAAACGACAGUGCUGGCAACGAGAUUGUGGCCUUUUUCCAACAGGUAAAUAAACUCAUCAUAAUCUUUAUUCAAGUUGUAUCUUCACGGCUAUCGUAAUGCUAUCGACUUUACGAAGCAAUUUACAAAGGAGAAGCCAAAGUAGAAAUUACUGGCUAGAUAACGACAGUAGAAAAGAAUUAAGAAAUUGCUAGAACAUCGAUCUCAAAAAGUGAGAUUAAGUUAUUUCCUAGUUUACUUGCAAGUGAAAACAACUCGUUUGGAAGAACGGUGGUUCAAAAACAAAACAAAAACGAAGACAAAACAAGGGAAAAAAAUGAUAAAAAAACAGAGGCAGAAAAACUGAUAAGGAAUAAGUUUUGCAACAGCAAAUGUCAGCUAAUAUAAAAGCUAAUAUUAGAUAAGCGAUUUAUCAAAUCUCCCUACUUCAUUCUACAGAAAAGUAAUGCCAAGAUCAACAACCCAACUGAAAAGAAGUUCAAGAACACGCCAAGGAUGAACUGUUCAAAAGGUUAG